UUGACAUUGGUGCAGUAUCCUGAGAGAGGAACCUUCUGGGCUUACUUCGCUAACAGCUCCACCUGAGUGUGUUCGUGUUGGCUACAGGAGCUCACUUGAGACAUCCACUUUCUCCUCACACCCUCAAUCAAACGCUGUUAACUGCCCUCCUGCUGGUUUGUUCAUUUUGCUGAUCUGGACUAAAUCCGUAGUCAUUUGUGACAGAGAGUGCAGGAUGGGAGCCUCCAUGUCUACACAUGCUGCUCCUACAGUGAUGGCAGAGGCUAUGACGGCUGCCCCCCCGCAAGGCUGCCCCAUGCACAAAGAAGCUGAGCCUGCCACAGUUUCUCCACCUCCGGGUUGCCCCAUGCAUCAAGCUCAACCUGUCACAGCCUCUCCUCCGCCCGAGUGUCCGAUGCACAAAGCAGAAGCAGGUCCCGCCCACCAGGAGCGCGCCUAUGAGUUUGUGGAGUGUCCAAUGAAAGCUGCAGCAGCCAUGAACAGUGACAUCGACCCAGCAAAUAUGAUGCCUCCUCCGAACCAAACCCCAGCUCCGGACCAGCCCUUCGACCUUUCAAUCGCGAGACAGGAGUCCAACAUACCCCGUCACGGUGCAGAGAAGAACUGGGUCUACCCAUCUGCACAGAUGUUCUGGAAUGCUAUGCUGCGAAAGGGUUGGCGCUGGCGUGAGGACGACCUCGCUCCUGUUGACAUGAACAACAUCAUUAAAAUCCACAACCGAAACAAUGAGCAGGCCUGGGAAGAGAUCCUUAGAUGGGAGGCUAUGCAUGCAAGUGAAUGUCCAUGUGGGCCGACUUUGAAGAGGUUUGGUGGGAAAGCCAAAGAGUACUCUCCCAGAGCUCGCAUCCGCCACUGGAUGGGCUACGAGCUGCCUUUUGACCGGCAUGACUGGAUUGUUGACCGCUGUGGGAAGGAGGUGCGCUAUGUCAUCGACUACUAUGAUGGGGAAAUCAACAAAGAAAACUACCAGUUCUCAAUCCUGGAUGUUCGCCCUGCCUAUGACUCUUUAGGUGCCGUCUGGGACCGCAUGAAGGUGGCCUGGUGGCGCUGGACCUCUUAAAGAAACACACAAAAACACACACUCAAAGACUGUGAUCUGUAUCCUCAUUCAAGCUCUGUCCGACAUGUGUGGUGCUGUGAAAAGAAACAAAGAAGACCGGAUAGUUUUUGCAGGAGCUCACUCAGUUUGUCCUACAUACAUGAAGCUUUGUCUGUUAAUCAUAUUGAUUUUUGUGGAGAAUACAACAACACCCUUUUGCUACAGGUCACAUGAUGCUUCACACUGCUUCUGAGAUUCUAAGAUACUUUGAUUUUUACUACAUCAUAGGAGAUCUGCUUAGUCUGUGGAAACAGUUUAAUAUCCUCUGUGACUCUGGAGGAGCUUUAUCAAGUCUGAGAAAAUAAGAUUUAUCACAAACAAAGAAACCAGAAAUUUCAAUCCCACUGCGUUUUCAAAUUCACAGCAUAGGAAUUUGAUUUGAAAAGUUUAUAUUGUUCAUUUUAAAUUAAUUCUUUAUAGUAGGCAUGCAAAUUGUCGUCUUUGCAAAAAAGUUCCUCUAUUGGGACAGAUGGAGAGAAUCACUUUGAGACGACAUUGUCGACCAGAAUAUCCUGUUGAUGGAAAUGUUAUACAAAUGUACGUUAACAGAAUAGACAUACAGAUCCCUUAUGCUUAUAUUUUUAUUCUUGCAGAAAAAGUCCUCAAAUGCACCUCAUAGAUGACAGUAGCUUGUUUAGGGGUUAACUUAGCAGUCAUCUGACCAGAUAAUAUACUGUAUUAUUAUGUUCUUGUAGUGUUCAAAUCAAAUAUUACUUUCCUAUUUGGGGGUUGACACCUCCUGGAGUCCACAGCAACACACCUGCCAAGUCUGAUGUUGAUCAUAUGAACGGUUAUUGGGGUUGUCUAGAAUUUUUAGCUGAAUUCUACUGCAACAAUAUCAGCAAUUUCUACAGUGCUGCCCCAAUUCUACAGAAGGGGAUUAGGGCCACUUGAAAACUUUCUUUGGAAAAAGAAAAGAUCAAAAUUUCUUUUGGCCCUGAUCCUCAAAUAGAAUACCCUGUCUCAGCUCUGGUGUCUCAUUUUGUUGUGCUAAUAUUCAUAAUUUUAUUUAUUGUAUGAUAAAUACGUAUAGAUUUGUGUGCAGAAUCUUGAAGUUUCUGUUCCCAGAAAAUGUUAUUGUUCUGGUGGUCAACUAUAAAUAAAUCUGGUUUUCCCCCUGAAUGA